UUUUAAGGUUAAGUUGUAAAUACAACAUGUGAGAACUAUUUACAUUUCUUCGAAGCACUAUUAUAUUUACUCGUAAAUAUGGUUCGAAAAAAAAGAACAAGAAAGCCUCUCAAUAAUGAGGACAUUGAUGAUGUGGAAGACGAUAUCGAGGACGUGGAUAUGAAUGCUGUGACCGAUUCGGAAGAAGAAUAUACAGAGACUGAGAAGAAAUUGCUGGAGAAAGUACGGAAGCAGCGGACCACUGAAAAUUUCGAUAGUGACGACGAAGUUUAUGGGCUGCGAGAUGGCAGCGAGGAGGAGGAAGAUGAUCGGCAAGAUUCGAUGGAAUCUGACAUCGAAGGGAUGCAGGAGGAUGACGAUUUGCCGAACGAUAGGGCUUGGGGCAGCAAAACAAAAGCUUUUUACUCGUCAGACUUUAAAUAUACAGAUUAUGCCUCGGCACCUCAAAAAGACUUGGCCAAUGCAGAAAUGGAGGAGCAGGAAGGAAAAAGGCUGCAUUUAAGAUCAAUGGGACAGCAUUUGGCUCUUGAUGUUUCGAAUUUAAUUAAAAAUAAAGCAACUCAAAUCAUAGAGGACAGCAAAGUUGUUCAAGAGGACAGCAAACAGGUGUCUGACAAGGAAUCUUUUAUGAUCUUGGUCAAUACUUUUAAAGAAUGCAUGACAGAAGCAAAGGAUGUUUUGGCACCAUUCCUUGAAUUGGUCAAGGAUGGAACGUGUCCCGAAUGCAAUGCGGUAACCUUCAUCAGAACCAAGUACGAGGUCAUGUUAAAUUAUUGUACAAACAUCUCGUUUUGCUUAAUGCUGAGGAUCAAGGAGCUGCCGAUAAAAUCGCAUCCAGUUGUGAAGCGUCUGGAGCAAUACCGUCAGCUGCUCGACGAAUUGCAGUCGGAACAGGGAGACUUGUUGGAGCAGGUAACAGAGAUACUGAGAGCAGUUAAGGAGGGCAGGCCUCUUUACAGCAUAUCGGACGGUUCUCAGCUGCAAAGUAGUAAGAAGAAAACUCCGAGAUUUGCUGGCUUGACUAAGAAGCUGUCCGGCAAAAAAGAAACGGUAAUGCGAGAGAAGCGAUUGUUGUCCGACAGUAUGGAUGAAGAAACGAGCAUGGAUGAGGAUCUAGAUGACGAGAAGUACGAUGGCAAAUUUGUAACUGAUGAGAAAAAUAACGACAUUCUGCAUAUGAACGAGGAAGAGGCGAAGAGAGCAAUAACGUAUCAAAUGGCGAAGAACAGAGGUCUCACGCCGUAUCGCAAAAAGGAGCUGCGCAAUCCGCGGGUGAAGCAUAGAAACAAAUAUCGUAAAGCCAAGAUUCGCAGAAAGGGCGCGGUGAGAGAAGUGAGAAAGGAAUUGACUCGUUAUUCAGGAGAGAUCUCUGGUAUCAAAGCAGGCGUGAAGAAAGGCAUUAAAUUAAAAUAAUCGAAAGAUUUUUUGUACGACAUAAAUCAUGUGAAUAUUUUUUCCGAAUAUAUGAUGUAUGUUUAUUUGUGUGCUCUAA